GCCUUUCGACUGCCCCCGUGCAUGACAGCCUCUUAGGUAUUUAUAACGGCGAAGAGUUCGUCUUCCAGGAGAGCAGCUGGUACAUCAUCAAUCUGCUCAAGCUCCUCUGGCACUACGGGCUCAACCCUCUGCGGAUGUCCAUGUGGGUGGAGGACAUCCUGGACAAGUUCAUGCGGAUCUAUCGCUACCAGACGUACGACUACGCCUUCAGCAGCAACGAACGCUUGCUCCACGCCUUGGGAGGGAACGACUUCACCCGCCUGCUCAACCAAACCAUCGAUGAAGCCAUGCAGAAAGCUGGCUUCUCCCACAAGUUCAUCAACGAGAUGGUUUGUUCGGCCAUGAGGUUUAAUUAUGGGCAGUGCGUCAACAUCAACGGAUUCGUAGGUGCUAUUUCUCUGGCGUGGAUGGAAUCAGCUCUAUGGUCAGUAAAAGGAGGAAACAAACUUGUCUGUAUCGGCCUUCUCUCCUCUUCCAAAGCUGAAGUUAUCCCUGGUAGAGUUUUAUCUAUAGAGCCAAAAAUCAGACCCAAACCUACAGGAGAGACAGUGAAGUUCUACCAGGUCACUUACAACACGACGUCAGGAUUAACGGGGGACACGUACGACAUCGUUGUCAUCGCUACUCCGCUCAGCCACAAAAUGGCCAACAUCACCUUCAAGAACUUCGAUCCUCCUGUCCCAGAGUUCCCAAAUCCGUACCACCAGACAGUGACCACCUUAGUGCACGGGCGAUUAAAUGCUUCCUUCUUUGGUUACCAAGACUCAUCUGAUUUUCCUUUCGGUGCCAUUUUUACUACAGAGAAUCCCAAACUGUUCAUCAAUAGCGUGGGGGUGGUGUCUCCAGUGGAAGAUGAUGGUGAUGAAGGAAAACCACUCUUGCCAUUGGCCGUCUGGAGGGUGUCUUCAGAGGAGGUGCUCACCAAAGAGCAGCUUAACUUACUUUUUUCCUCUUAUGACUCUGUUAAAAUGAAGAAAUGGUUGGCAUAUCCCAAAUACAGCCCUCUAGAGAAAUGCCCUCCCAUCAUCCUCCACGAUAGGAUUUACUACCUGAGCGGCAUCGAGCGAGCCGCCAGCGCCAUGGAGAUGAACGUCAUCGCCGCCAAGAACGCCGCCCUGCUCGCUUAUCACCGCUGGUAUGGGAACGCAGACAAGAUCGACCAGGAAGAUUUACAUGAAAAACUGAAAACUGAGCUUUGA